UCCUGUUGUACAUGUGUUUUUAUAUUGUGACUGUACCUUUAGUUGUGCGAGCUGUAACUCUCCACUGUAUUAUCUAGUGUGGGAGGGUGUAUUCACAAGUGUUUGUACGAGAUACCCCAGUGUAGCCUGUUUGUGUAUGUGUUGGUGAUUGUCCUGCCCUCUGAUAUUGUACUUGAGGUUCCUUUGUCUGAUCACAUUCCAAGUAUAUCUGACUGAGAGAAUGAGCUUCAUUAGAAGGAAGUUUUGCUCAUUGAUUGAGGAUAGAAGGCCCAAAUUUGGGGCUGUACCACAUUGGGCUACCACUAUGGGAAAAUGGAGUGUUGUAGCAGAAGAGCUUGUACGCUAUGGUGCACCGGUUUACCCAGAGAUGGGGGGUGAGAUAGGCGGUAUGGCUCUGAAGCUUGAUUUAGGGGUUUAUCCCAAAAAUGAGAGCCGAGCUGCGGCUGAAGUGGGCUGGACUUUGUUACAUGCCCUAAAAUGUGAGGUGCAGAGAAAUGAGGAACUUGAGAAAGAGUUGCAGACAAAAACACAGAUGAUUCGUGAUAAAGAUAAGCAGAUUUGCAUGUUGGAAUCAGAGUUACUGGAAUGGGAGAGCCAAUGUAUAGAUACUGAUGAAAAAUUGUCUCAGUCUUAUGCUGAAAUCCAGGAGUUGAGGAAUGAGAUUGGUAAAAGCGAGUUCCCCAAAAUGGUGUCUGGUGUGGCCUCUUCCCACAAUUCACAGCCACAUUUCACAGCAGAUUUGCCCUCUGAAAAGGUCUGUGUUUCAAGUGCAAAUAAGGGGGCGCUAGAGAGUGAGAUUGUAGAAGUUCCCAGUGUUGGUUCUCAAUUGUGUAAUAAACAGAAAUUGAAUAACAAUAAGGGCAAAUACAAAGCAAAUUGGGGAGGUUUAAGAGUUGUUAGAAGUGUGUCUCUGGCAGUGAAGCGGUAUAGAUCAGCUAUGAAAAAUGAGACCCAGAUAGUAAAUACGGCUAAAAGGGUAAAGUCUUGUUUUGCAUGUGGUGGUUCAGGCCAUAUCGCUAGAUAUUGUAAGGCACAUGGUAACAAAACGAAACACUGUUCAGCUAAAUGUACUACAUGUGGUCAUAGUGGCCAUAUCUCCACAAGUUGUUAUUCUACUGGAAACAUGAAGCAGAGGGAACCAGCAGAUUAGUGGCAGUGUAACCCCGCUCAACCCAUCGACCUCCUAUCAGAAGAAUCCAAGCUCAACACAAAGAGAUGACCAGAUGACCAACGCUUCUAAUGGAGUGAAGAAGGCUACCUAUUCCCCAGCAUCCCGUGGUUGGAAGAUGACAAGGAUCAAGUCGUCAAGACUGGGUUUGGAUGACAUCGCGAGACAGGAGAACCCAGAACCAAAGAAUUCCCUCCAGCAUUUUGGAAAAGGCUUUUGGACACCACAGAGGACGCUUUAAAGAAACUGUCUGAAGAGAAGCUACAAAUCAGGGCUGUAGCUCUAACAAUCUCCUAGCUCUAGAUCCUUGCUGCAGCUACAUAGUGAACAAUGAGGGCGACAUUAACCAUCAUCAAUGUAGACUGACAGCGAUCAAAACUCCAUGGAACACCAAACACCGGAUUAUUUGGGUGGAUGGGGAAACUGGGGGAAUAUAAUUACUUUGUAUUUCUUUGUUUUAUGGAGAUAUACAUGUUGUAUGUUUGGUAAACUAGCAGACAUGGAAUUUAGGGAAUCACCUAACAUUCGUCAAUUAUGAUGUAAAAGCAAGAGGUGGAAUGUUAUGGACACUGAAAUUAUGUGUUUUUACAUCCAUUGUUUCCAUGCAGUAUACAUUUCCCUGCCCCCACGGUUUUAGCUUGGUUUAGCCACAGCCACAGUGGGCGGGGCUAAAGAACCUGUUUUUCCAGGUUAUGUGAGGAGAGUAGGCCAAAGGGGUGGGGCAUUAGGGGAUAUCACAGGAAACCACAUGGCCUUCGGUCCUCUUUUGCUUGGGAAUUUCGUUGAGAGAGGAGCAUCCUGCUCCUUAGCCUGGGAUGGAUAAGUAUAUUGGUUGUAUCAUUUCUACACUAAAUAUUCACGU